AUGUCUUCUCAAUCUUCGCAAGUUCAACUUCAAGGUGCUCAGUGGGGUUCGCAACGCAAGAGGCAAGAACCCCAGUGGGUUUGGUCCUACAAACAACGACAAGAAUCAUUGUCCAAGAUCAACUUCUCUUUACGCCACUCCAAACAUGGCCUUACCAAGGCCCACAUUCAUGACUGCAAUAUGCAGUUAAUACAUCUCGACUAUCUCCAAGGUGCUACUCCUUCUUCACCCGGCACGCCAUGGUUCCAGCCUGAGCCCAUGGUUCAGCUGAACCCGUGCUUGUUCCCUGGUUUAAAAAUCAGCGAAUUCUUCAAGACUCAUGAAAAGAUUCGCCUAUCUCCGGAUAUGGCUGAAGAAGAGUGUGGUCGGUUGCUGGGAUCAGCACUGGCCUCUGAAUUCUCAAAACAACGCAAGACUGCUCGCAUCAAUGGAGAGCGUCCGUCAUCAGAAUACUUGACAUUUGUUCCCCAUGAAAAGACAAUUCAACGGCUUGCCUAUCUUCCAGGCAAUGUCCGUCGGAUGGAUCAAUCCUCCGAGGAGAAAAGCAGUCACCGGAUCAUUACUCUUGAAGUCAAUGAACCGGCUGACCAACUCCACCCAAGCGUUCAUGAACUGGAAACCUUGGUCAUUUUCCUCAGAGAUGCAAUGAUCGACGGGGCCAAAGCAAUGAGGAAUCCCCGUCACAGACCAGAACUUCUUGAUUUUCAUCACACCUUUCCAACCCUCAUUGUCUCCAUCUACCACGGCGCUCAAGCCCGUGUGUUGUAUGGCAGCUUUGACGGAAACCAGUUGGAGGUGCAAUACACCGAUGUCCAGCAGUUCACUGAAGUGGGCUUCUACGAUCAGAUCAAAGGUCUCCUGUCUUGGUCUCUUCCCUUCUGCCUAUGGGAUACAACAACCAUCCCGAGAAUGGCAUCUAUCAUCGAAGAAGACGAGAGUGGUGGUUGUUCCACUCCGGAGUAUGAAGUCGCGCGCGCGUACGAGCCAGCAAAAGAGGCUAAGACCCACUUCAUGUUGGCUUCGCCCAUGGAAGUAGAGCUGGAUACGAAGGCGGCGGCGAAGGCAGCCAAAAAAGCAAAAAAAGAAAAAGAGAAGAAGUGGAAGGAGUUGAGGAAAAAACAAAAACAACAAAAAAAGGAGGCGUACGGGCUGCUCAAGCCCCGAAGAAGAUGA